CAAAUAGUGAAAGCGACCUGUGAUUGGCUGCCAGUCGGCCAUGAUCAAGUGCUCACAGAACCCAGGGGAACAUACAUAAAAGCCUGUUUUGUGGGAGCGGUCAGCACAUCCUCACUUGAGCCUACACUUAUUCUUUCAUCUCCACCAAUACCAGCUCAUGAGAAUCAUGAUUACACUGAAAUUCGGGACUCUUUUUCUUGCCUGUGUGCUGGUCUUCUGUCAAAUGUACAUCUUACAGGCAGCACCAUCUAGAAGUCGGGAAGACCCCGUUACAGAUGGAGUCACUCUAUCCAACGAUGAUGUGCAGAAGUUACUUAGAGCAAUUAGAGAAUUUAUGCAGCUUGCUUUAGAUGAUGAUCACCAACCAGCUGAUGGAAACAGCCCAGAUAGAUCCGUGUCAAAGCGCUGCACCGGCUUAAGCACUUGUGUGUUGGGCAAGCUGUCCCAGGACAUUCACAAACUCCAAACAUACCCUCGCACAGAUGUGGGGGCAGGGACACCCGGAAAGAAGAGAAGUCUAGCUGAGCAAUAUGAACCAUACGGAAGCACGUAUAAUUGAUAUAUUCAAAUGUGGUCUCUCUUCCUUGGUCUUCUUACUGCUUGUUCAUUCGUCUUUAUGUAUGUGCCCUUGGGACUGCUGUUGCAUUCAAUUUUAAAUGACUCACACCAGAGGA